AUGGCGACAUCAACAGCACGCGUCGGUCGUCCGAACAACAAUGCGCUACUGGCUGUAAUGGCAGUUCUAGCUGGGAUUGGGCUCUAUACUAUGCGCAUUACGACAGCUCAAAACGAAGUUCCUGUUGGUUUCUUGGACGUAGCUGCAUCAGGCACUCUGCCUAACGGUGAGUCUCUCAAGAAGCACUAUACGGGUAUCCGUAUCCUAGACGAGGGACUGUCUUUCUUGGUGGCUGCAUUCUUGUAUGGGCCCACAGGAUGGAGUGAGACCUUCUACUGGCAACAACUCCAUUUCCUCCUUCAGAUCACGCCCCUUCUUGCGGUGCAUGGCGUCGAGGCAUGCCGGGAGCGAAACCAAGGUAGUUGGGUUAAAUACAUUUCUCUCUGGGCCUUCAUCUACCAGAAUGUGGGAGGAGCUUUUAUAGUGACUCUCUGGUGGCUAGCCUUCCAUCGCAUCUCAAGUCCAAAAUCAUACUUCCAGACUGGACGCACUGUUCCAUUGCCUUAUGCGCGCGCGAUUCUCCCAGGAAUUCUCUUGUUUUACGUUAUGCCUACCAUCGCAUUAUUCAUCCCCGGCCUAGAUACAGACAUGCUCCAGAACCUUCUCGCAUUCUGGCAGUUCACGCCUAUCUUCGCCAAUAUUCCGCUAUGGUUCGUUUCUCUCUCGGGUUCUUCGACCGUCAUAACCGCGAAGAACAAGAGUGCGGACGUCCGAAGUCUCAAGGUUCUUUAUGCUUUCGCUUUCGUUGUCUCCGUGGCGACGCAUUGGAUCGCUAUCCGUGGUAUCUCCCUAUCCGACAACCCCGAUGUGACUUACGCCCGCGUAUUCAUCCCCAGUACCUACACAUGGAAGAGGGGUAUGGAGUGGGGCCUUCUGUUUAUCUUCCAGUGGGACUGGCUCAUCAUUGGAUCAAUGUACAUCAUUCCAUCUUGGGUCACUAUAUGCGAUGUGCAGCGGGUAAAGAAUGGAGAAGCCACACUUGAAAACAUCUUUGAAAGCUUUCUCGUCAUCGCCGCGGUGACGGCUAUGGGCGGACCAGGCGCGACGCUUGCUGCAGUUUGGUUCUGGCGAGAGGGCAAAAUGGCGGAGAUUGAGAGUGCAUCGGGUGCGAGAAAGAUGCAGUAA